GUUUCCGUGUGAACGCCAUUAGAACAGCGCCAAGAACAGAGCCAAAAAAAAACGAAUUUCCGCGGACGUGGAAGCAAACUUUUGUUUUGCUAUGCUAAUUAGUAAUUUAAUAGUUAACAAGUUUAUUCAACCCAGAUCGGAUGGACCUCUGAGUGGAAUACAGUCGCAGUAAGAGACCACGUUGCAGUGCCAGAUAAAGAGACAACCCAGCAAACAUCGGAAGCACCUGAGCUAACAAGCCAAUAUCGCCAGUACCUCGCGACACACACCGCCGACUUUAAUGGUUCGCAUAGCGACCAUAGAGACCCGUAGAGCGUACACGUAGCCACGGAUAUCCGGCAAAGAUGCGGCGACCCAAUCUCAAGUGGAUAGUGAAGGCCUCGCUGCUCUUGUUGGUCUCCCUGACUCUCUUCAUACUGGUAACCAGCUGGAUCUCUUCCACGCCGUUCACCAACAAGCCAGUCCAUCAUGGCGUGGAGCCCGUGCCCGAGAAGGCUGGCCUUUCCGGCGAUGCCCGCGUGAAGGUGCCAGCUAUUCGGCAACCAGAAUCUAAGAAACCACAAGAGCCCGACUUUGAAGAGGAUCCCGAGCUGCAGAAGAUCGAUGAGCCGGAACCGGUGGAUGAGGAGCUCCAUAAUCCGCAGCCGGCGGACGAGGAUUCGCAGCAGCAGCCCCAGGACGAGCUCCAGAUGGCGGCGCCCGCGGAUGGAUCGGUGAGGAAGGAUUGGCAUGACUAUACCUUCAUGGAGAAGGAUGCCAAGCGCGUGGGCCUCGGGGAAAAGGGAAAGGCCGCCACGCUGGACGAUGAGUCCCAAAAAGAUUUGGAGAAGCAAAAGUCCCUGGAAAAUGGAUUCAAUGCCCUGCUGUCGGAUUCCAUAUCUGUUAACCGUUCGCUGCCCGACAUUCGCCAUCCUCUAUGUCGCAAAAAGGAGUACGUGGCGAAGUUGCCCACAGUCAGUGUGAUAAUCAUCUUUUACAACGAAUACCUGAGCGUGCUGAUGCGCUCAGUUCACAGCCUGAUUAAUCGCUCACCGCCGGAGCUGAUGAAGGAGAUAAUUUUGGUGGACGAUCACAGUGACCGGGAGUAUCUGGGAAAGGAGCUGGAAACCUAUAUUGCGGAACACUUCAAGUGGGUUCGUGUGGUGCGACUGCCAAGGCGCACGGGAUUGAUUGGAGCCCGAGCGGCAGGCGCAAGGAAUGCCACUGCCGAGGUGCUCAUCUUCCUCGAUUCCCACGUGGAGGCCAACUACAACUGGCUGCCACCGCUGCUGGAGCCGAUUGCCUUGAACAAACGGACGGCGGUGUGUCCCUUUAUUGAUGUGAUUGACCACAGCAACUUCAACUACCGGGCGCAGGAUGAGGGAGCCCGAGGAGCCUUCGAUUGGGAGUUCUUUUACAAGCGACUGCCAUUGCUGGAAGAUGAUCUGAAGCAUCCGGCCGAUCCGUUCAAGAGUCCGGUCAUGGCUGGCGGCCUAUUUGCCAUUUCCAGAGAGUUCUUCUGGGAACUGGGCGGCUACGAUGAGGGACUGGACAUCUGGGGCGGAGAGCAGUAUGAGCUGAGCUUUAAGAUCUGGAUGUGUGGCGGCGAAAUGUACGAUGCACCCUGCUCUCGCAUCGGUCAUAUAUAUCGCGGACCUCGCAACCAUCAGCCGAGUCCCAGGAAGGGCGAUUACCUGCACAAGAACUACAAACGAGUGGCGGAGGUGUGGAUGGACGAGUACAAGAACUACCUGUACAAUCACGGUGACGGUCUGUACGAGAGCGUGGAUCCUGGCGAUUUGACGGAGCAGAAGGCCAUCCGCACCAAGCUGAAGUGCAAGUCAUUCAAGUGGUUCAUGGAGGAGGUGGCCUUCGAUCUGAUGAAGACCUAUCCGCCGAUAGAUCCGCCGUCCUACGCCAUGGGCGCCUUGCAGAAUGUGGGCAAUCAAAACCUUUGCCUGGACACGAUGGGCAGAAAGAAGCACAGCAAAAUGGGCAUGUACGCGUGUGCCAACGAUAUAAAGAUUCCGCAGCGAACGCAAUUCUGGGAGCUGAGCUGGAAGCGAGACUUGCGCCUGCGGCGUAAGAAGGAGUGCCUGGACGUGCAGAUCUGGGAUGCCAACGCGCCCGUUUGGCUGUGGGACUGCCACAGUCAGGGUGGCAACCAGUACUGGUACUACGACUACCGCAAGAAGCUGCUUCUGCACGGCAAGGAGGGCAGAAGGUGCAUGGAGCUGCUGCCCUUCUCGCAGGAGGUGGUGGCCAAUAAGUGCGACCCCGACAAUCGGUUCCAGCAGUGGAACUUUGGCUCGUUCAACCAAACGGCGCUGGACAACUACUCACAGGACCUCGUCCUCAAUCUUUAACCGCUGCACUGCAAUAGUAUCACUUGCCAUGUACUUAGAACACUUCGAUGUAAAUAACUAGGCUAGAUAGGUUGUAAGGCCGCUUGGUCGUUGGCCACUUUACAAUUUACCCCGACUCAAGCGCACAUAUUCAUGGCUGCAUCAAAGAGUAUCUUUACCUUUAAUAUAGUGCAUCUCAAACCGAUUCCAAAUGCCACAAACCUAAUUGGCAGCAUUUUGUAUGUUUCGGAAUUUUGUUUGGUUUUAAACAAGACUCCGAAUAUGCUAGUGUUAGCUUAUAAAUUGUCAUAAGUUUUGACCCGUAUGACUUUGUACUCCAGAAAAAGUGCUUUCCAUUAAAGAAUAUUUUUUAAUAUUAA